CUUGCAAGGCGAGGGUGUGACUAAAGGAUAACGGAGCUUGCGGAGUAGAGACGGGGACACCGAGGAGCCAGAGAAAAUAAUGAAAAUAAUAUUUAACUGCUUCCUUUCGGAGUGAUUCUGGAAGAGGGGGCACAACUGGGGCUGGGAUUUUGUGGACAAAAACACAAGAAAUAGUUCACUUUUCAUCUUUGUAUUUUGUCUUGGUCCUCUCUGCCCAGGGGCGGUGAGGGUCCACCGAGGAUACACAUAUAUAGUGUAGAGGCUGAUCUCACUCCCAAGGACAAUAUGCACGGCUAUCGUGGCCCUACAACGGUUAAAGUUGUUCCCCGAUAUAUGGUCCAGGUGUGGCCUUUGGUGUGGACAGUGUGGGGACUGAGUCUGGGGGUUACUGUGACUUGGGGCUCGUCGGUUAGUCCAGUCGUCCUGCGAUCCAUCACUAUGUCAGCUGCUGAGGAGUGGACAAACAUCACGGAGACCGCGAUCGCAAACUACACAGGCCUGGGCUGCGUCUCGCUGCUGCCUCCCCGCCGGGGCUCCUUCUACGUGGAGACGGGCACAGGGUUGUCUCUGGGAUCCGUGCUGGCUUUCUGGUGCCGAGAAGGCUUCCAGCUGGUAGGCAGCGAGAAGGUCACCUGUGUUCUUCGGGACGGCGUGCCCCAGUGGAGCAACUAUCUCCCAGUCUGUGAAGCCCUCCCCAAGCCCGAGGAUAGGGGCCUGCAGGUGGCCGUCUUGGUGUCCGUGGUCAGCGGCAUCAUCAUCCUCUCCAUGUCUGCCUCCUUCAUCAUCUGUUGCGUGCAGGAGCACCUGGGCAGGAAGAGGGAGCGACGACGAGAUGGCAGGUCCAGAAAACGGAAGGUGAGGAAGCGGCCAUCGUCACAGAGGAGUGACUGCUGGUUGGAGCGGGAGGAGGGUGAUUGGGAUGCAUUCCCCCCUCCCAAGAUCUUUCACCUAUCCUACCAGCCCCCGUCCAGCAACCCCCUGUACCUGGGGGGGCAAAGUGGCUUUGAGAACCACGGCUAUCAGAGGAGCCAGGAGAGCCUGCUAAAGCCCCCUGUCCCAGGCCUGCACCCCACAGACUGCCAAAUGUACCCCCCCGUGGUGCUGCAGAGGGUGUCCACUCCAGUUGCCCCUGUCUACCUUCCCUCACAGAACACAGAAGCCGUCCCUUCAAUGCAGGUCAACCCUGCCUACUGUGACAGUACCCAUGCAGGACCAAGGCCAUAGCAGCCAGCCUCUAAACCUAUCUCCACAAUUUCUCUCUCUACUGCUUUCUCUGUAUCUCUCUCUUCAUCUGCCCCUAAUUCCAUCCACAUAAGCUAUUACUGCAGGGCAUGUAAAACACACAUUAUGCUGGAAAAUGCACUGAAUUUGAGACAAGAUAGCAAUACCCCCCCCCCCCCCCCCGAACCUUUUUAAUAUGCACUUAGAACCAAUUUCAGAGAAUAGCUACCAUAUUUUGUAUUGUUUGUCCAUUUGCUUUUGAGCCACCAGUAUCCCCAAACCUUUAUAUUGCCUUGUGGUGGCAGGAAGUGACAUCACAUCACAGUAGCAUGUGAUUGGCUGGUUGCAAUAUUGAGCUACUGCACAGGAUACUUUCUGUUGCUCAGCGCUGGGACAUUGCGUGAGGUCUGGGCAACCACAUCUAUGCAUCACGGUGUCAGAAUGCCUUGGGCUUCUCAAGGAUUGGACACCAUCACAGAUAAAGAUGUGAAUUUCAAACAAUCAUAUCAGAAACAGUAUAUGUGAGGUCCAGACUUCCAGGGUCUUUUAGAAUGUAAAUAGGAAUUUGCUUUACGAAGGCCAGGGAAUUGAUUGCUCAACUGAAUAUUUUUUUAUUGCUGUUUUCAAGCAUCAGCGCUCGUUUGGUGUUGUGUUACGGCUGCUAAUGAUCUGGAUUUAUAACCUUUGCACUUUAUGAGGUACCAACACAGAUAGGCAGCCAUGCUACCAUUCAAACAUGAGAUGGACAUUGUGAGAUCAGAAAUGGACCAAUAGAAAUAAGCUCUCCCAUUGUUACCUUUGCACUUGAUAUGUGUUUAAAAGUAGAAAUGUACAUAAUUUUAACAUGCAAAUAAAUACUUUUUCAAGGUUACUCUCAGUUUAUUGCUGAUGUUGAUUUGAUAGUCAGAUUCAAAGCACAGUCAGGUGAGCACA